AGCUUGUGUCAGAGCGAGUGAGCGCGCGCACGCUUCGCAGAGCUACAUUCUGCUCUUCACUCAGGUAAUCCACGAUAUCGUCACUCGUAAGGUCGAUGUGUCGAUCUCGAACACUUCAGUCCCUUUGGUUCCGCUUAACUUGCCUCAAUGGGUGUUGGUCCAACGAGGGAGGUUUCGGCUUUGAAUUACAAGGAACUGAGGAGGGCCAUGGCGUUUUUGCUUGAAUGGCCGUAGUUUCUCACCCCUUGUGGAAUGAUGGAGUUUAUGCAUAUGAUAUUACCCGUGGCGGUUGCUUUGGAGUUGCAGGCUUCAAUGUUGAAGGUCCAGUUCUUCAGCAUGAUUUAUUCCUAUGAUCCUGUUCUUUGCCACAUGGUUUUGAUGUUGUCUCUACGUUUUGUAGAUGCUUUUGAUGGACAAGAGCGUCAAAUUGCUCGUCGGCUUGUCUCAGUUUCAAGGGAAGCACAAGGUCAUCCGGUGUUUCGGAUGCUUGCCCUUCAUUGGUUAUUGGGAUUUUUCAGUGGCAUGUCGAAUAGUGUAGUUGAGAGAAAGAACACGGAUGUUGAUAUGGCUUCAAGCUUCUAUCCGACUGUUUUUGAUCCUCUUGCCGUGAAGGCACUGAAGCUCAACCUUCUUGCCUUGUUCUCAUUGUGUCUUGGAAGCCAAAAAUCUGAGGAUGUCUCACAGGCGGAUUCAUUGUCUGUGGUGAAUCUGUUCAAGGAUGGUCUUGUCUCUGUGUCUGCUUUUAAAUGGAUGCCUCCAUGGAGCACAGAAACUGCGGUGGCAUUUCGCACCUUCUAUAAGUUCUUAAUAGGCACGCUCUCCCAUUCUGUUGACGAUUCCAUCAAAGCAAAAAUGCUUAUGGACUCCACAAUGUUCUACUUUUUGCAGGGGAUGAUCGUGGAGAUGACUAUGGAAUUUCAACAGUUAGUUCCCACUAUUGUUUCCUUCGUCAACAGAUUCUUGGGCUGUAAUAAGCACUGUUGGUUGGGAGAGCGACUGCUCCAGACACUCGAUGAGCGUUUGCUUCCGAAAGUCAAUGUAGAUUAUAAAAUAGUUUUCUACUUUGCGAUUCUUGAUAAAAUUGCCGAAAACGUCACAAUUCCCCCUCGUGGACUUCUAGAACUCCUUACCAACUUAGUCGUCUUCCUUGUCAAGAAACAUGGCCCCGACACUGGCUUAAGAUCUUGGUCGCAACGAAUUAAGGUUCUUGGCAUAUGUAGGACAAUGAUGAUGCAUCACCCCAGUUCUAGAUUGUUCCUCAGACUAUCUCGUCUCCUUGCCUUUUCCUGCCUUUACUUCCCUGAUUUGGAGGUUCGUGAUAAUGCAAGGAAGUGCUUCAUAUAUGGAAGACAACAUGGAGGGUAUGGCUCAAAAGCUUCCUCUUGUUUACUUGAUGGAUUGCACAAUGAAUGAUUGCACUCUGAUUUUCAAAGCAAUGAACCAGAUGUAUUGGCUAAAUGCUAAUAAUAUGGGCAAUAUCCCUUGCCAUCAUACAUCCAGACCAAUUCUGGAUUCAGAAAACCAAAGCUGGCGAUCAAUACCUUUGGGAAGGGCUAGGUGUAAUCAGAGGGUUGCCCGUGUAAGUUAGCGAAAGUAUAGGGUUGCAUUGUGAUUUUUCAAAAAGCUUUGUGAAUAAUUUGGAAAUAACAAGUUUUUAUCAAAUUAGAUAUGAUAUCUGCAUCUAGAAAAGCAUGAGUUUACCUUGAUCAAUUCGCAAAGGCAAUAGAUUAGUAGUCCCAAAAAACCUAGAACAAAGCUUGUGCAUUCUGAAUCGAAGUAUAUUACUCUAUGAUCUGUCUCCUUUGGAAAGAGGCACCCAAUCUAUGGAGCAAAUUGGCAAGAUGCAAAUUUGGAAUUCUUCUAAAAAUUUGCUUCCAUGCAUGGAUGAUUCCUCUCAUUUUGUUGCUGGCAGUCUUUUUAGGUUCAAUAUGUUGACUUAUACAGCUUUAUAUUGCUAAGAAGUUAUCAAUAUGGUCUGCAAAUGUUCGAUGACAACAAGUCUCACUUUUGUGAUUUGGGAUUUGCAGAGAGAACUUUACCCAGCUUUGGUGUUGUUUCCAGCAGAAAAUAAAACUUGUGUGUCUUAUGACGGCGAUAUGGCAGUUGUGUCUAUUGUCAAGUUCUUAGCUGACUAUGGAAGUUAUUCUCAUAACCUCAUCAAUGAGACGGGUAAUGCUUUCUUCUUCUGUAGGGAGCUCUGCCUAUUGUAGGACAUCACAGUGUUUAUUCAAUGCUGAAGAUGAAUGAAUUCGCAGGAUGGUACCCUAUUAUGAGAAUUGAAUAGAUCCUCGUCAAGAGCAUGUCCAGCUUCUGUAUCUGGCUGCUUUUGGACCAUAUUACUUUCAGUCAGAAAUUGACCGUUUCUAUUAUUCUUAGAACACAGUUUCCCAUAAUUGCAGAACAUCCAUUAUUAGGUUCCAUCCCCUUUUCUUGAUGAUAUCAGCCAGUGUUGCACAACUUUCUGGGCUGAAUGUUCUCUUUUUCCUUUGUUAAAAAACCUUAAGUUUGGACUCUGGUUACUGUUAUUCUACCUCAGUUGAUCUGCAUUCCUCAGAAUUUUUCAUAUUGCCUGUUUGUAGAUUGGUCAAAACGUUU